GUCAAACAGAAAGAAUGAAUGUGUUCCCUCAGCCUAGGUUGAAGGCAAAAUUUCCUGUUCUUUUUUUAUUGCUUAUUUUUUGAGAUACCCAAACUGAACAGCAGAAAAAAAAAUCUUACCAAACGCGCAUCCGGAACUGAGCAACACGUGUAGCCUAUCUAUAUAUAUAUAUAUUAAAAAUAUAUAUUUUUGAUUUUAUAAAUAUUCAAUAAAAAUAUAUUGCACUAUUUUUUUAUUGUCUUUCUCGGCAUGUUUUACAUUUCCAUAAGGGUCCCGCCUCUGUGUUUAUAGCGCGCGCUCGGACAGCAGAGCGCACAAAGUGAGAAAGAAGUGAGGUAGACUUCACUGAGGACUCAACCUGUUUUAAAGGGCUACUGUGGCCAUGAACACGCUCCCUGAAAAAGGAUGACAUCCAAAUGUCAGUCUGCAGAUGUCUUGCCACAAAACCUGACUGCUGGAACCAUGAUGUGGGAGAAGAACGUCUCCAAAUCUUCGCAGGACAGCACGGGCAACAACGCCAGCUGUGGCUCUGUGUCCGUCUUUUUCCCCAUCACUAUGAUGAUCACUGGAAUGGUCGGAAACUCUCUUGCGAUGUUGCUAGUUUCUAGUGCAUAUAGAAAAAAAGAAAACAAAAGGAAGAAAUCCUUUUUGCUUUGCAUCGGCUCGUUGGCGUUAACUGAUCUUUUCGGCCAACUGCUUACAAGUCCGAUUGUCAUUUCGGUGUACAGAGCAGAUCUGAAAUGGAAACGCGUGGACCCAUCGGGAACUCUCUGCGCCUUCUUCGGGGUGUGCAUGACCAUUUUUGGCUUGUGCCCUCUCUUUUUAGCCAGUGCCAUGGCCAUUGAGAGGGCAUUGGCCAUCACUGCUCCUCACUGGUACUCACAUUACAUGAAAACCAGCGUGACCAAGCAGGUCCUGGUCAUCAUUUGGUGUCUUGUUUUGAUUUUUGCCUUAUUGCCCAUUGUUGGGGUUGGGAAGUACACUUUGCAGUGGCCAGGCACUUGGUGCUUCAUAAGUACAGGUGACAAGGACGUGACGGGAAAUACGUUUUUUGCCACGACCUUUGCGGCAUUGGGGAUAUUUUCUUUACUGGUUACUUUGUUUUGUAAUGUUAUGACCAUUCGUGCCUUGGUUACACGUUGCAAAACGAAGCCAAGCUCGACCCAGUCAUCCAAGCAAUGGGAAAGGUUAACAACAGAGACUGUUAUUCAGUUGAUGGGCAUUAUGUGUGUGCUGUUGACAUGCUGGUCACCUCUACUGGUCCUUAUGUUGAAGAUGAUCUCGACCCACACAUCCUCCCAUCAAUGCAAUUCUGCUGCUGUAUCUCUCUCACCCCAGGACUUACAGAUGGACUGUAAUUUCUUUCUCACAGCCAUACGUCUGGCCUCGCUCAACCAGAUUCUAGACCCGUGGGUUUACCUGCUCCUGAGAGAGAUUCUCCUGAGGAAGUUCUGCCAGGUGGCCAGCGCAGUAUCCAGGUGCUCACUGGACGCGCAGAAGGAAACUCAGUGUCGUCUUGAUGUCCUAAAUAAAAAGGCCGUUCAGAAUGAUAAUGUUCACAAAAAGUCCCUAAACGUGGAGAACAGUAACUUGAAUGGUGGCCAAGCGGAACAGUGACUUGACAGUGGUACAAAAACUGAAUAGGCAUAAAAUGACAAAGGGUAUAAUCACCCACGAUCAGAAAAAUAAUGAGAUUCAAACUUUCUAUGGAUUGUUGCAUUGAUGUAGGGUGAUGUCAGCAUUCUGCCACGCAAACGCAUCACUUUUGUGUCACUGUCACAGUCAACACAUUCAAAGGGAUUUUGUUUAGAGUUACUCAGCAGCAUUUGAAGUGAAACAAAAUGGCAAGACCUUUAAGAGUUAGUUCACCCAAAAAUGAAAAUUCUGUCAUUAAUUACUCACCCUCAUGUCGUUCCACACCCGUAAGACCUUCGUUCAUCUUCAGAACACAAAUUAAGAUAUUUUUGAUGAAAUCAGAGAGGUAUCUGACUCCUCCAUAGACAGCAACCACCGCUUUCAAGGUCCAGGGGCCUCAUUUAUAAAGCGUGCGUAUGCACAGAUUUGAUCUUAGAGUGUGCGUACGCUUAAAUCCACGCCAACGCUCAUAUUUAUAAAAACGGUCUUUGACGUGGAAAAGUGCUUAAAGCCACGUCAGGGUCUGAGCAGAGGUACACACUUUUCAUUGUCAGAUUACUGCAGGUUUUUGGAAAUCUAAGCUAUUCUUGCAGCUCGCUAAGGAUUUGGACGAUGACUGUUGAUCUUUUAUAUGUAAAUUACAUUAUAAUUUAUAGAUUUCACAUCUGAAAGAGAGGCGUACGCUCGUUUUCUGUGUGUACAUUUAUUCUAUGAAUCACACGUAAGCACAUCUGAGAAAUGAUCGUAAGAUCAAAUUUAGGACGGUUUCUGUGCAACAUUUUAUAAAUGAGGCCCCAGAAAGGUACUAAAGACAUUGUUAAAAUAGUCCAUAUGACUGCAGUGGUUUAACCUUAAUUUUAUAAAGUGACAAGAAUACUUUUUGUGUGCAAAAACAAAACAAAAAUAACGACUUUAUUCAACAAUAUCUUCUCUUUUUCAUUCUCCUACGCUGUUUACGUCCAGCGCGUCCAGGUUCUACAUCAGAACACAGGCUCAGUAUUGGCUGACGCUGUUCAUGUGAACAGCACAACGCAUGCGUGUGAUGCUUACGUAGGAGCCGGACAAUGAGUCGGCGUUCUGACGUACAACUUGGAAGCGCUGAACUUGGACUAUAUUUACUGGUCUUACGGGUGUCGGACGACAUGAGGGUGAGAAAUUAAUGACAGAAUUUCAUUUUUGGAUGAAGUAUCCCUUUAAAAUGACAUAUGCAGGGUUCCCACUGACAUGGAAUAACUUGAAAAUAUCAUGCAAGAUAAGAAAAACUAGGUAAGAAGGUAAGAAAUUAUUUAGUGGUACAUAUACAUUUAUGUCCAGCUCCAAAUUAUUCCAAAAAUAUUUUGAUUAAAAAUGUAAUGGUAACAAAUUGUUCAAAAGAUGUGGGAAUCUUGCAUAUACAACAGCAAUAUUAGCAAAUUAGAUGAUUAAACGACACAGAAAAUCAUAAACUGAAGUUUGCCAGCUCCCAUGGAGACUGGUUAUUUUAAACUACAUUCAGUAUUGGUACUAUACAGAAAAAUCCUUUUAUUCACAUACCAACUGCAAGAAAAAAAAUUGAAGGACUAUUUCUUGACAUAAUUUAUGAUCUGUUAUGUAACAUUUCAGAGCUGUUUAAUUUGCAGUAAAGCACUGAAUGGUCUCAAAUACCUCCCACUUUGAAUAUUUUCACUCAUUUUAAAGCCUCUCAUAAAAACUCUAAACUUUUAUUUCGUUUUAUUGUGUGCAUUUCUCAAUGCCAAGCCUGCAGAGCUCUUUUUGAUGCUGAUAGCUAUAACCGUGAUUAUGUUUAAUUGAAUUCCAUGCUGGAGUUUUUCAGCUGGAUUCCUGAGUGAAGUUAAUGCAAAAGUGAAUGGCUCUAAUUCAAUAGUAUGUUGAGAUGCUUCUGGCCUUGGAACAGCUCCUUUCAGAAUGUUAAUUUUAGUAGCCAGUUCUCAUUUUUUGAUGCACAAGUGCCUCAAAGUGCUGCAUCUUUUAUGCGCAAUAUUCUUGAUAACAUCAGUUGUGAUAAUAAACCAAAAAGCCUUUAAAAUUCAUAUGGAAAGCAAUUUCAGCAUAUUUUGUUGAGUCAUUCAUGGAAAUUGUUGUUGUAAAGAGGCCAUUAAAGCUUUGUUCUUUCCUUAUUCUGCAUCCUUUUAGUGGUACAUUAUGUAACAUUUGAGGUAGGUUGACUUUGUGAGAAACAUUUAAUGAGCUGGCGCAGCUGUUUUAUAUUACUAUUGGCUGCUAAGAUAACAUGCAGUCAUUUUUGUGUGUUGAAUUUUAAUUUAACAUACAUAAAUUAUUGAUAAGGAUGAUUAAAGCUGUUCUUCUAAUUGGGCCCUUCAGUUGCACAUAUGUAGUCAUGAAUCUUACUGAGUGUGACUGAACAUCAUCUUAGCAUAUUAUGUUUGCACUGUGCAGUUGGUUAUUGUUUUAGAGAGGACAUCAGUUCAUCAGUUAUGCUAAACAGCAGGUUAUAUUCCUGGCACUCUGCAAAUACAUUUGUGAUGUUUUAUACAAUAUUAGAAGUAUAAGAAUUAAUAUUUACGACUAGUAAGUUGUUAAAAGAAUAUAUUGUCAAAACAAAAAAAAACUCUGUCCUUACAAAAUAUGUGUGCCUUUGUGCCUCAAAUUCUUUGAAACCAGCUUAAAUCCCCAGGACACUAAAAAUUUUUGCUGUAAUGAUUUUACGCCUUUCCGAUUAAAAGAAAAUAAGCGAGGGAGGUGCCAAAGCACUAUCUGGGAAAAAGGGAGAGGCAAUAAUGUAUUUUCUUAGAGGUCAGAGCUCUAUGAAAUCAGUCAAUGUGAAGAGGUGGCGUGACCAGUAAAUACAUUUGGAAGAUUGCAAGAAAUUGCUAGUAUUCUCUAUCCAAUAAAAAGAGCUUUUGGCAAAUCCAAAUAACAACCUCAGAGAACAUCAGAGAAAACACUGAUUUCUGAUUGCUCUGGAAAUUUUAUGGUAUUUGCAAGAUUCAAUAGUUGUCAGUGGGAGCCGGAAUACUUUUGUAAAUGGAUUUAACAUUUGACAUAUGCUCUGAGGCAGUGAUUACAGAGUAAAAUUAAUGAAUCUGACAUGGGACUUAAUUAAUAGUGAAAUGAACGUGGCUCAGGAUGCACUGUCAGACGCCUAGUCGUGAUUAACUUGCCGUUGUGCACUUGAGUAGCUGCUGAAUAGGGCAAUGGAAAAUAGUAUGAUUGUAUAAUAUUUCACAGCUUAAUUAGCUGGUGCAUCAUGAGUACAAAGCAGGUCUGUGAUCAGCUCAAAUGUGCAUUGAGGUGAUAAACAAGGUCUGACUUGUGACCAUUCAAGUGCUUUCUGCAUGUGAAUGUAACUGUUUCCUUAGAUUCUUGUCAAAUCUAACAUCAAAGCUGUUCAGAACAUUGUAUUUAUGUUGCCAAAUGCAUAAUAUCGGAGUUUCUUUCCUAUAGAAAGGUUUAUUCAUUUUAUCACCCUAUACAAACCCAUUUCUUUCUGAAGAGCUUUUAAGGUUCAAUAAAGCACCAUAAAAGUAAAAAAAAAAAAAAAACAUCUGUUCAUCACAGAAAGCUAAUGUAUGUCUUCAGAAGAAAUAUAUAAUUAAUGCAAAAAUUGUAUGGACUACUUUCAUGAUGCUUUCGAGUCCCUCUUCUUUGUUAUUGAUCCUUCUUUGUAGAGAUGAGAAAAAAUGCAUCCGUUAAUGUACCACAUGAGAAAGUCAUGUGAGUUUGGAAUUGUUAUUUUAUUAUCUAAUCUAAUGCAAAGACAUUUACAGAUUUUAAAGUGUGAUUGAGUGUCAAUAGUUCUUGGGGCCAGAACACAAGAUGAACCAUUGAUUUAUCUGUAUUUAUAAUUCAUUGUAAAUGUGCAGGCAAUAAGAGCUGCCAGGUUUGUUUGCAUGUGAAGCCACCAGCAAAUCAUUUUGAAUCAUAACCCACCUGUGAAUGUCCUAAUGCCAGAUGCCAAAUCACGAAUGCCACGAAGUGUGGCGAGUCUGCAUUAAAAACAACAGGGUUUCAUGAAUGUAUUACGAGUUUUACAUUUAUUUAUGUUGUAAGACAAUGACAGCUCUGGCUGUGAAUGGAGUCCCAGAGCUGUACACGCUAAGCUUGUAUCAACAGAUGGUCGUGGUGCUGCUUGUGUGUUUUUGAUAAGAAAUGUUUGCAUAUGCUUACAACUGUUUGACAUGUCUGCUAACUGCUCUGAUGUGCUUGCCUUGUAAUGGUGCCUCUAAAGCGUAUCAUUAUUUGAUUCUGUGCUGCCUGUGUUUCCAUUCACCGGGAUGGACUGUGUUUCAUGCCAUUAUCAUAAUUUAAUCGGGAAGGGGGUUGGGGUAUACCAAAGUGCUUCUGUAAUAGUAAGCACCCCCACCCACAUUUUGCACAAUAGCCAGAAGUGGUUUGAAAUGGUUGAAAUAUUUUCCAUCAAUUGUGCUGCUGAGGAACUAUUUGAAAUGACUGUUUUGAUCGAGAACUUGUUCAAACCAUUGUAUUCAUAAUACAUCUAGUAUAUAACCAGUCGCUGAUUCAUUGUUGUUAUUUGACUAAAAGGGAAAUGGCUUUGACAUUUUAUAAUUUAUCUAUAUAUUAACAUUGAAAAACGCUGUCCCUAUUGAUAUAUGGAAAAAUUACAAAAUAAAAUAAAAAAUAAAGAACACAACAUGAGUGGCAUAACUCAUCAGAAUUGAUAUUUGUGUCUUAUCUGGGGCUGUUCACAGAGAACGUGUUUUUGCAUUAAAAAGCAAAAUGCCGCACAAUAGUAUACAACUGUGUACAUAGUGCUGAUGAAUGGGAAAGAAGGCAGGGUUUCAAGAUGUGUUUGUAAAAGUUUUCAAAAUGCCGCUCUCACGCAUAAGACACUGAACAAGUGGUCUAAGAACCGGCCCUUAUUCUCCUUGAUUUGUUGCAUUCAUGACAGUUAAUUUAAAAGGACCAAAACUGAACAUUCUGUCAUCAUGUACUCACCCUCAUGUCUUUCUUGACAUUCAUUGACAUUCAGUUCUUUUGUUUCAUGCAAGAAAGGAAGUCAUAUGGGUUUCAAAAGGCAUGAGAAAUUUCCUUUUUUUUUUUAGGUGGAUAUUGCUUUAAAAUGACAUUGCAAACUCUUUUAUAAAGGUUUAUGUGAAAGUUAUGUUUAUAUUUAAAUCUCUUGCUUGAAGUCUUUCUUGAAACUGGAUUUGAAGUCCAUUGGAGGAGUUUUAAAGGGGUCAAAAAACUCCUUGACAUUUUGUUCCCAGAGGUUCACAAUCAGACAAGACUUGUUGAUCAUGUGAUGACCACUAUUUAUGUAACAACAUCUUGCAUGUGCUAACAAUUUUUGUGUUGUGACUCAAAGAGUUCACACAGAUAUUUAUGUACUAUUUAUGCUUUGUUCUUUCUGGGUUUUUUCUUUGUAACUGUUUACAUUUGUGUUGAGAGCAUUUUUCAUUAAUUACAGAAUUGUUAUCAGCAUUGUUA